AUGGUGACCGUGGAAGACAUCCGCAAGGCACAGAGGGCUGAAGGCCCGGCCACGGUGAUGGCCAUUGGAACAGCCAAUCCGCCCAACUGUGUCGACCAGAGCACAUACCCCGACUACUACUUCCGGAUCACCAACAGCGAGCACAAGACAGAGCUCAAAGAGAAGUUCAAGCGCAUGUGCGAGAAAUCAAUGAUCAAGAAGCGCUACAUGCACUUGACCGAGGAGAUCUUGAAGGAGAACCCAAACAUCUGUGAGUACAUGGCUUCCUCGCUGGAUGCUAGACAGGACAUGGUGGUGGUUGAGGUGCCAAAACUGGGCAAGGAGGCUGCCACGAAGGCCAUUAAGGAAUGGGGACAGCCCAAGUCCAAGAUCACCCACCUUGUCUUCUGCACCACCAGUGGCGUCGACAUGCCCGGGGCUGACUACCAGCUCACCAAGCUCCUCGGCCUUCGCCCCUCCGUCAAGAGACUCAUGAUGUACCAACAAGGAUGCUUCGCCGGAGGCACAGUCCUUCGCCUGGCCAAGGACCUUGCAGAGAACAACAGAGGCGCCCGUGUCCUUGUCGUCUGCUCAGAGCUCACUGCUGUUACCUUCCGUGGUCCAAGUGAUACCCACCUCGACAGUCUUGUAGGCCAGGCACUCUUCGGGGAUGGAGCAGCCGCAGUUAUUGUGGGUGCAGACCCGGUGCCCGGUGUAGAAAAGCCUUUGUUUGAGUUGGUGUCGGCAGCCCAGACAAUUCUCCCAGACAGCCAUGGCGCCAUUGACGGGCACCUGAGAGAGGUUGGACUUACCUUCCACCUGCUCAAGGAUGUGCCCGGGCUCAUCUCAAAGAACAUCGAGAAGAGCCUGGUGGAGGCAUUCCAGCCUCUGGGCAUCUCCGACUGGAACUCAAUUUUCUGGAUCGCCCACCCUGGUGGUCCAGCCAUCCUAGACCAAGUGGAAGAAAAGCUGGCCCUUAAGCCCGAGAAGCUAAGCGCCACACGACACAUCCUGAGCGAGUAUGGAAACAUGUCAAGUGCUUGUGUGCUGUUCAUAUUGGAUGAGAUGCGGAAGAAGUCGAUUGAGGAUGGCCUCAAGACCACUGGAGAAGGGCUCGAGUGGGGUGUGCUGUUUGGGUUUGGACCAGGGCUCACCGUUGAGACUGUGGUGCUUCACAGUAUCGCUGCCUAGAGAGAGAUGCAUGGAGGCUCCAAAAUCUCUCUUAACCAAAUGAAUGGUUAAAUUUGCAUUUUCUUCUUGUUUUCCUCCCUCUCAAGUGAAUUGAGAUGUGGGUUGGUUGUGUUUGAUCUGGUCUUGUAAUUGUAGUAUGCCAAUGUGUCCUACCGACAAAGACAUCGAUCAGAGAAUGUAUUACUUUAUAUUUAAUAAUACAUAUGGUCACCACGUUCUUUGGC